CAGUGGGAGGCCUGGGAGGCAGAGCUGCUGUGGUCUGCUGUAGAAAGGGAGUCUCAUCGCCACCAUGAACUUCACCGGCAAGUACCAGCUGCAGAGCCAAGAGAACUUUGAGCCCUUCAUGAAGGCAAUGGGUGUGCCUGAUGACUUCAUCCAGAAGGGGAAGGACAUCAAGGGGAUAACAGAAAUCGUGCAUAAUGGGAACCAUGUCAAACUCAUCCUCACCUACGGCCCCAAAGUGGUCCACAACGAGUUCACCCUUGGGGAGGAGUGCGAGCUGGAGACCAUGAACGGCGAAAAGGUCAAGACAGUGGUGAAGAUUGAAGGUGGCAAUAAGAUGGUGACCAGCUUCAAAGGCAUAAAGUCCGUGACUGAACUCAACGGCGACACAAUCACCAAUACCAUGACACUGGGUGACGUUGUCUGCAAGAGAGUCAGCAAGAGAAUUUAGACAUGGCUGCGUUUUCUAUUCUUUUACAGUGUAAAAUUUAUGCAAUAAAGCUGCUUUUGUUUUGAAAGUA